AUGAAAGUAAACACACUUUCAGAAUUCAUAAUGCAUCUUAAAUUGCUUUUGAGAAUUGCAAUGAGGCAAGAAUCAGACUGUCUUGAUGCAGGCGAUAAUUAUGCUGUAAGUAAUAUAGAAUUAGAAGACUCUGACCCUGAAGAUGAGCACAAUUCAGAGCCAGAAUCAGAGUCUACAGAAAAUGAUGAAAUAUCUGAUAUUAUCAAUAUGUAUAGUUACUAG